AUGACUGCCAAGACGACGACAAAGAAGGCCGCGCCAAAGGCGAAAGCGGUAUCAGCAACACCUAAACAGACCCAGACGACACUGGUGGCCAGAGAAUGGGGUGGGAAGACCCCAGCCAGCAAUGGCAGGAACAAGCCGAAGCCACAAGGACCGACCAACGGCAACAUCAUGGCCUUCUUCAAGAAGGCUGAAGAUCUCAACAAUCGUAUUUUUCUGCAGGAACGAGGCGCAAACCCCACGAUCGAGCUUGAAGGCAUAGAAGAGGACAUAGGCUGGAGCGACGAGGUUUCCAAUGGCGUCACGACCUCUACCAAUGAGAACGAUGUACGGUACAACGAGAAUGGAGGAGGCAAUAAGAGGAGAAAAAUCAGCGAAGAACUGGCAGUACCAGCUUGUUCCCCGCCUCCGCCAGAAGCGGUAAACGCUCUUACUACGGAAGCACUGCCAAGCACAGUGGCUGAGCUGCCAAAGCCACGUACGAAGUCUGGUCCGUUCGUGGAUGAUUCGGACGACGAGGACGAGGAGGAAGCUGAACUCCUCGUUCCAAGACGAGGUAUGAUUAAGCAGGAGCCAACUGAGGAAUCACCAUGUUCUAAAUCUUCGAAGGAGCUGUCCCUUGCCAAUAACACCGGACCGUCGAUGGAUUUCGAACCACCAUGGCUGAAGACUGAGGAAACAACACAAAUGGGCCGAGACGAACCUGACGAUGCUGAGGAUUUUGAGGAUGAAGACAUUCUGGAAGGCGAAGAGUAUGACGAGCGGCGGUGGAUGAAGGAGCAGAGAAGACUGGAAACGGACUUGGCAGGCUUCGAGGGCGAUCCGGAUGAUUUCGAUGCACCCUCUUUAUUCCCAGAGGAAUCGACCGACAACCGCGCGAACGACGGCGACAACGGCGAUGAUGCACCAUCGUGUCCACUAUGCAACAGCAGCCUCAAGGGUCUGUCCGAGCAAGAGAGCUCGAUACACGUCAAUGCAUGCCUAGACGGCAAGCCCAUACCGCUGCCUUCGCCAGUGAAGUCUGAACGAGAAAACACACACACGCCGGUGACCAACGCGAAAGCAUUUAAGCGACCAGUAAGGCCACCGAGAGAAGCCCAGGUAAGCCCGUUCCGGAUCGGAGAGAAGUCAAGUGCGGCACCGACAUCAGCAUUCUCUAAGAUCAUGGCCGGACAUGCUGAAGACGCUGCAUGGGCAACUGCUGCCGCAACGAACAAUGCCGCAAGGGGAAAGCCUGCGUUCGAGCGAACAUGUCCAUUCUACAAGAUCAUGCCUGGCUUCUUCAUAGCUGUCGACGCAUUCCGCUACGGAGCUGUGAAGGGCCAGAACGCAUAUUUCCUGAGCCAUUUUCACAGCGAUCAUUAUAUCGGUCUGACUUCGUCCUGGUCACACGGUCCUAUAUAUUGCAGCAAGGUUACUGGCAACCUUGUGAGGCAGCAGCUACGAGUCGAUCCAAGAUGGGUGGUAGACCUGGAUUUCGAGAAGAAGACCGAAGUGGCUGGCACUGAAGGAGUGCAUGUCACUAUGAUCUCAGCUAAUCACUGCCCUGGCAGUUCACUCUUCCUUUUUGAGAAGAAAACCACCAGGGGUCCGAAGCCAAAGUUGCAACGAGUGCUGCACUGUGGCGAUUUCCGAGCAUGCCAAAUGCACAUUGAGCACCCACUUCUACGCCCGGAUGUCAUCGACGCAGUCAGUGGUGCAAGCAGACAACAGAAACUGGAUGUAUGCUAUCUCGACACAACCUAUCUGACCCCGAAAUACGCCUUUCCACCGCAGCAGCAAGUCAUCCAGGCCUGUGCAGACAUGUGCGUAUCGCUCAACAAAGUGCGCGCAGACGACACUGAUGGCUGGGAGCAAAUGAAACGCGAGCGCGCCGGCGCAGGUAUGGCAAGGUUUGUACGAAAGAACUCUACCGAGAAUGCCGAAGAGCCGCCCAAGAGUCCCGAUCGUGGCCGUCUUCUCGUCAUAGUAGGCACCUACAGCAUCGGCAAGGAGCGUAUAUGCGUCGGAAUCGCGAAAGCCCUUGGCAGCAUGAUAUAUGCGCCACCCAACAAACAACGGAUAUGUCGCGCUCUAGAAGAUCCUGAGCUCAACGCCCUACUUACCACCGAUCCGCGGAAGGGACAAGUGCAUAUGACGCCUCUCUUCGAGAUACGCGCCGACACACUUGACGACUAUCUGCGCGACUAUGCAGAUACCUUUUCAAGAGCCGUCGGAUUCCGUCCCAGCGGCUGGAACUACCGCCCCCCAAACAGUCGAUUUACCGACUCCCCGCUAGUGUCCACUGUCCUCCACUCCAGCAACUGGAAGAGCGCGUUCAGCAUGAAAGACCUGACCCCUCAGCGAGGUAGCACCAGCCGAGCAUCCUGCUUCGGUGUGCCAUACUCUGAACACAGCAGUUUCAGAGAGCUAACAAUGUUCUGCUGCGCUCUAAACAUUGAUAAAAUCAUCCCUACGGUGAAUGUCGGAUCGGCGAAAAGCAGAGAGAGGAUGAAGGGAUGGUGUGAGAAGUGGGCAGCUGAUAAGAAAAAGAAUGGGCUGUUCAAGCUUGGAGAAGACGGGUGGUGUUGA